GGUUUGUUGCUGUUGUUAAUAAGUCAAUGAGUUCUGAAUUCUCACAACUGGUGGACUCAGCUCAAGAGUUCCUCCCUCUCCUCCCUUGGGGGGUGGAGUUUGAAAAGGACAAGUUCCUACGUCCAGACUUUACUUCACUUGAUGUUGUGUCAUUUGGAAUACCAGCUGGUAUCAAUAUACCUAACUAUGAUGAGAUAAGACAGAAUGAAGGAUUUAAGAAUGUGUCUUUGGGUAAUGUAUUGUCAGCUGCCUCACAGGAUAAGAGGGUCACAUUCCUUACAACAGAGGAUCAGGCUCACAUGCAGGCUCGUUAUGUUAUAUUACGUGUAUUGAUGGAUUCUGAUACUCCUGUAUUUAAUAUUGAGAGUGUUACUGGCUCUGAUGGUAAGCCUGACCUCUUGAUCAGGUUUGAUAGGAAUAAACUGGAGACCAUUGCUAAACCUGUCAUUGGAGAAUUCUUAAAUAAACUGCAG